UCCAAGCUUCAAGUCGUCCACUUGCUUGAUUAAUUGAACGUUAUUUUUUAAUAAAUUGGGCUUCGUGUCUAGCCCUAUCCAUACGAAACCCGGUGAUUUAAGUUAUUUAACUACUGGCAAACCAGCAAUUUUUGCCCACAUACGAACGGUAGUUGCUGCUUACGUCAAGUUAGUCAAAAGUGUCAUCUUUUUGAGCUGUUUCGAGAAUUACAUAUAACCUCAAAAUAUAUUAUAAUAAAAGCACGUUAGUUUAACGUUUCAGUUAAAAAAAAUACUACUAAAACACACCCUGCGUCAACGAUUUCUAAUGAAGCAAUAAUUUGAUUUAAGAAAUUAUAAAAGUGAGAUUCAAUACGAGAAAUUAAAAAUAACGUAAGUAACCUGAUGGUCGAUACAGACUGUAACCAUCAAAAUGAAGAUUUCACAAAAAUCAUUCUAAUUGAAGAAUAAAUUGUGGAAAAGUAUUAAUAUUGGUAUACCGAGAUUAUUCUGAACAAAAUUAUCUAAGCAAGAAUGGAGUGAAUAAAAUGAGAAAUACCAAAUUUUCCUUAUGCAAAAUUGCAUAUGCAUCGACACAACACGUUGCUAUCAGUGAACCACUUGACUCGCAAGCAGAGGCACAACAACAAGUAAGUCGUUGAGUUUAUUAUACAACGGAUAUCAAGCGUUCCCAAAAAAAUGCGUUCUCCGUUAGAUACACCUUGCUCUCAAGCGUUGGAGACAGCAAGGAACAUGAAAGAGUUGGCAAUUUUUAAAAAACCUAAUGGUGUCGCGCGUCGAGCCCUCAUAAAAAAGCCAAAAAUUUUAGACGAGGAGACAUACAUAGAAAGAAUGGGCAAAAUAAUACAGCGAGAUUUUUUUCCACAUUUGGAAAGGCUCCAAGCCCAAAACGAUUAUUUGGACGCAUUGGAGCAAAAUAACGCAGAAAAAAUGAAAGCUUUGUAUGCAAAGUACAGUUCGGGACGUCCAGCAACAGAGAGAGCAGCAAGUCCUGCUACUUUUGAAACUCCGUUGAGAGAAACAAGCACUGAUUUGGGCUCAGCGAGAUCAAACCUCACAACUAAAUCCAACAAAGAGACUGAUUCUGGAAAGGUGGUGAAGGAUGAAGACCGGAUUGGCCUUGACGUCUAUCUGAGUAAUCACACGAGCGAGGAUAAUGCCAGUUUUGAAGAAAUCAUGAUAGAGACUGAGAAAAGACGCAGAAUAAAAUAUGCUUGGCUUUAUGAAGCGGAGGAAAAAGCAAAGGCUCUGGAAGCAACUAAGGAAGCUUUGGCCCUCGAGGACAAUCCUAAAAAUUCGAGGCCUCUCGCGCUUGAUGGUUGGAGCUACAAGACCAAGAAUUUUAUUAUGUAUGUCCCUGACGGCGUUGAGUUGACCCCUGAAGAACAAAUUGACAUGGCCAAGAGGAAACAAGAGGUCGUACAUGACAACACCAGAUUAACUACAAAUCCGUUCAAUGAAAGACAAAAUAAUGAGACCAUCACGGAAUUAGCUAAAAACCAGUCGAAAGCGAACGAUGGGAAGAUCGGUGUUGAUGGAAAAGAAGUUGUCAGAAAUCCUACCCCCACCGUCAAUGGAUUCGGCUUUGUUGCAACAACGCCCAGCCCCAGACCCGGUGAAUGCGACAGCCCCUUUAUGACCUGGGGACAAAUUGAAGGCACUCCUUUCAGACUUGACGGCGGUGACACUCCUCUCUUCAAAACAAGCCAAGGUCCUUCCUUCAGAAUGGCUGAACCUCCUAAGAGAGAAAAAAUUGCGCUCCAGUUGGCAGAAAAAGCUGGUGAACGACAUAGAGAUAGAAAGAACAAAGCUCUUGAGGCUGCUAGAAGAUCUCUUGCUUCUCCAUCUCCAAGAUCUCAUUCAACAAUCGAUCGACUGAGCACAAUGUCCCCAGCUGCUCGAAGGUUAGCGACUCAGAAGCUCAAAAUAGUUAGUAACACACCGAGUCCAAGGCGAGUACCAUCGAAAACGCCUUCUAUCGGGAUUAAAACUCCAACAUCGUCGAGGAUCACCACACCGGGUGGUACGCUUCCUAAUUCACACACUGGUGAAUCUUCGAGAUCAAAAGGAAUCGUUCUUACUGAUAAUUUGUUGAAUUUGCCGCUACAACGACAAAGAGCAUCGGACUUUUUUGACAAGUGAAACACGAAUUCAUCCCCUGACGUACUGGGAUUUAUUUUAUAAAAUCGCAAUGUGCAUUCAUGGAGUUUAGUAGAAUCUUCGGUUCAUUGUCUUCAAAAACUGCCUCGACGGCAAACGAUUACACAAUUUCAAAAUUUUCUCGAUGCAAAUUCGUUGCAUUUGAACAACGUGAAUUUUAACAUUUUUAUCUCUUUUUUUGUAAAUAUAUGCUAACUUAGAUUAAACCAAUAUAUUAUUAAUUUUCCGCCUCUGAACUUCCUAACGAUAUUCUAUUACGCUUUUGAGCAACAUUUGUAUUGUAUAAAGUCAUAUUCUAAUAAUUACGUGAAAAAACACAUUGUUGAUGUACUGUGAACGAAAAUAAUAAUCGAUGAGCAAGUGA